CAGACAAAUCUACUUCUAUCGAUCUUCGUUUCCUAUAUUACCUCUAGAAUGUCUCUUUUUCUGCGUAUGUUUCAAUUAAUGUCAAAAUAACAAACAGUAUAAAUUGGUGAAACACGAAAAGUCGACAAAGGAUCCAAUUCGUUUUAAGGUCAUAAUUUUGCACGUCCAGAGUAAAUGAUCACAAUAUAUGAAGAAAAAAAUAGAAUAAACGUACGCAUAGUGAUUUUACAUGGGAAAUAAUAAUCCCAAACAAUUUGUACAUACUUCAGACAGUGCUAAUGGUAGUUACUCUCACAAAGGGAACGAAUUUUCCCAACAUUAUAAUAUAUCUUUUUCAAAUUUAAGUGAACGUUCUUUCAAUAGUACAAGUAGUUACCAUACAGCAAAUAGCAAUUUCAGUUUUGCAAAAGAGUGUUCUAGGGUUUCCCGACGUAGACUUAAGAGAACCGAUACAAGUAAAACGCUUUGGCCUGUGUCUCAAAUCGAAUCCUGUUUCCUGCCAGAGUUUUCCGUCAUUGCCUCAACUAAUAAAGAUAAAUAUGAAAUUAUAGAAGAACUUGGUCGAGGAUCCUUCAGUAAAGUUUAUAAGGUUCGUCAUAUAGACAACGGGAAUUUCUUCGCCCUGAAAGUGCUCUCCAAGUCCAAAAUUGUGACAGAUAAUUCAGUGGACCAGGUUAAGGACGAAGUGAAGAUUCAGAAGCUUUGUGGUCAUCAUCCAUUUAUAGUAAAAUCAAUAAUUUGCUGGCAAAACAAAACAAAACUUUUCAUAGUAAGUGAUUAUAUUGAAGGCGGGGAACUCUACACAUUACUGUCUAAUUACGGAAUCCUGCCUAUUGCACUGGUCCAAUUAUAUGUCGCUCAAAUAGCUCUAGCAUUAGAUUUCCUUCAUAACGCUGGAGUAGUCUACCGUGACCUGAAACCUGAAAACCUUCUUCUCGAUUCUGAAGGAAAUGUUCAACUAACAGACUUUGGUUUGUCCAAGUGGCUGAAGAACGGAUCAACAACGACAACUAUCUGCGGAACUCCACAAUAUAUGGCACCUGAAAUUGUGCAGUACAAACCAUAUGGACAUGCAGUCGAUUGGUGGAGCUUAGGCGUUCUCACUUGUAUUAUGUUGACUUUCAAGUUCCCGCAGACACUAGAUCCAUCGGGACAAAAUAAGGAAAAUAGGAAACCAGGCAGUCUUCCUGAGGAAGUCGAGCUGGACCCGCCAUCUCGUGAUCUUUUACAGAGACUUCUCGAGAUUGAUCCGAAGAAGAGAUUGCGAUCUUUACGUUCACUUACUACCAUAGCUUUUUUCAAAGGCUAUGAUUUUCAGAAAGUGAAAAUGAAAAGCAUCAAACCAAAAUCAAUCAUGGAGAAAUAUUUUCCUGACGGACCGCCACCGAAAAAAAGUAAAGAAGUGUUUGAUGAUUUCGAUGGUGUAUUUUAAUUCUGAUGGCCUUGAAGGACAGUAGAUACAUACAACGAACAAUAUUGAUGGAACAGCACCAAUGAUAUUACAUCCGUUCAAAUGAAAAUAGUAUUAUCAAGCAGUAUUAGAUUUCAAUUUAUUCUGUUUUUAUUUACAAAUUUUAAAGUGAUAGCAAUAAAUGAAUUAUUAUUCUCAUAAAAA